AUGACUACAGCUCUUGUGUUGGCAUUACCUAAUUUUGCAGAGCAAUUUGUAUUGGAGACUGAUGUUUCAGGGGUGGCUAUUGGAGCUGUUCUGAGUCAAAAUCAGCAUCCAAUCGCUUUCUUUUCAAAGAAGAUGACUACACGAAUGCAAAACCAAUCAACUUAUGUACAGGAAUUGUUUGCAGUGACUGAGUCUGUUCAGAAAUUCAGACAUUAUUUACUGGGAAGGGAGAAUGUUGUUGCAGAUGUUUUGUCGAGGUGUUUUACUUUUACCUCUUCUCAGUCACAGGAAUCUUUCUUCAAUGAAUUGAAAUUACUCCAAUCUCAGGACAGUUAUUAUGGUCCACUGAUGAAAGAAUUGCAUGACUCAUCUAAUGGGAAUCCUAUGUACAUUCUUAAAGCAGAGGUUAAUGCAGUAUUUUCACAGUUCUCUAUUGGGUGGUCACGCAGGAUCUCUGAGAGCUUUUAUGCGUCUAGCUUCCCAGUUUUUCUGGAAAGGUCCAUAGUUUGUGAUCGUGAUAAAGUAUUCACAAGUCAUUUUUGGCAACAUUUAUUCUCAAAGAUGGGAACUUCUAUACAGAUGUCUACGGCUUACCAUUCUCAAUCGGAUGGACAAACAGAGGCUCUAAACAAGUGUUUGGAGAUGUAUUCUUCGGUGUUUUACUAG